AUGGACGCCAGCUUCCUCCAGCAGCAGCUCAACAGCAUCAUCGGACAGCUGCAUGGGCUGUUUGAUGACAUUGGCGUGCCGGGCCAUGAGCGCGAGAAGCGCGAGUCCGAACUCUUCAAUGCCCUGUCGGAGACGCUGCAGAAGCAGCUGCGGCUGGUAACCAGCGAAAAGCAAGACAUGACCGAAGAAGCGCACCGCCUCGUCAAGAACAUCGCCCAAAUGGAAGCCUCCCUCGACGACGAACAACGACACCCCAACUACCCCACCUCCCGCGACCUCCAAGUCACGUAUCCCCUCCACUCCUGCCUCCAAACGCUGCGCGAAAAACACAACACAGUCGCAAAGCUCCACCGGGAGCGCUACGAACAAGUCCGCAAGCUCGUCCAAGCCCUCGAAUCCUACGCCUCGCACCUCGAAUCCUCCUUCGUGCGCAUAAAGCUACCGCCCGCCGCCUCCCCGAACGGCAGCGUGUCGUCGACCUUCGAUCUAAGCCCUACGUAUGUCGCAAGCCUGGACUCCGAGUUCACUCGCGUGUACGAGGAGUACGUCCGCCGCGUCGACGCCGUCAAGGCAGUCGGCGAGGAGAUGGUCACGCUGUGGGCCGAGCUCGGCACGCCGCAGGCGCAAACGGACGCGGCGGUCGUCAAGUACGCGCGAGAGGCGCCCGAGCAGCUGGGGCUGCGGCAGGAGGAUCUGGCGAGGCUGCGUGCGAGGAGGGACAAGUUGGUGGAGGAGAAGCGGGGCCGGGAACGGCGGCUAAGGGAGCUGCGCGGCUUGAUUGAGGGGCUGUGGGAGAGGCUUGGAGUGGAGGAGCAGGAGCGGAGGGGAUUCUUGGUCAAGAACCGCGGGUGCGGGCUCAGGACUGUCAAUGAGUUUGAGGAUGAGCUGGCGAGGUUGAAUGAGCUGAAGAGGCAGAAUCUGCAUCUCUUUGUUGAGGAUGCGAGAUGUAGCCUGCAGGCGCUGUGGGACGAUCUCUACUUCUCGGAGGAGGAGAUGCUUGAGUUCACCCCGGCCUUCUCAGACGUCUACUCCGACGCCCUCCUCUCCGCCCAUGAGCAAGAAAUCGCCCGCCUCGAAGCCCUCAAAGAACAGCGCCUCCCCACCCUCCAGAUGAUCGAGAAGCACCGCUCCCUCAUCAAAGACCGCGACGACCUCCAAGCGUCCAGCCAAGAUGCCUCCCGCCUCAUGGCCCGCGGGACCAAAGGCGAGAAGCGCGACCCAACGCGCCUCCUCCGCGAAGAAAAGAUGCGCAAGCGCAUCGCCAAGGAACUUCCCAAAGUCGAGUCCGACCUCAAGCAGAUCCUCGAGGGCUGGGAAGACGAAUACGGCCGCCCCUUCCUCGUGCACGGCCAGCGCUACCUCGAGGAGCUGUACGCCGCAUCCGCAAACCCGGCACCGCCCCGCUCAAAGACUCCCUCCGUCCCACCGCCCUCCUCUCGUCCGCCCAAGUCCGCCCCGGCAAGCCACAAGGGCGGCACACUGCGCGGCGCGCCUCCACCAAGAGCAAAGACGCCCACAGCCAACUUCGGCAUGAGCCUCUCCCGCAACCCGCUGGUCCCCUCCUCAGCCUCCACAGCCGCAAGCGCGAGCGCGACCGCCCGCUCCCCGUCCCGCAUCCCGGCCCGCGCGCCCCUCGGCAGCCUCCAGCACGGCGAGAAUAGCCCCGAGCGCCGCCGCUACGGCCACGAUGGCAUCGACACGGCCACCCUGCGCGCCAGCAAGAUGGGCCCGCCCAGGGCGCCGCCGCCCAAGAUGAAGGAUCUGUUCGUGCCGCCGCCGCAGCCGCACCAGACGCCUAGGAACGAGUACGAAGCCGGUGGAGGAGAGAGGAGCGCGAGUGUCGUGCGCCACGUCCCGCCGGAAGACGUGUACGAUGACCGCGCGCUCGCGAGCUCCUAUAUGGCGAGCUCGAUGCGGUUCCGGCAGCAGCAGCAGCAGCCGCAGAGGCCGCUGCAGAUGCAGCGCUCGGAGUCGCACCUCUCGCAGUACUCCACACAGUCCGGGCACUCGAGCCACUCGAGCCACUCCGCCUACUCAGCCCGCGGCAUGCCGGCGUCAGUGGCGGGGAGUAGUCGGCAGAUAUCCGCGACCUCAAACAGCACCGUGGCUACAGGAACCGUCUCGGGGAGCGAGAACUGGGAGACCUACGACGACGAUGAUGAGUACGUCGAGGAAGACGGCGGGUACGGCGUCAGUGAGCCGGAGGCUGCGGUCGAGGCUAGUGGGGAGUACUAUGCCAGACUCAGGGCGGCGAGGAUGCAGAUGAAGAGGCUGACGCCUGAGGGGGGAUAUUCGCCGCCGAGGCCAGGGGUGGGGAAGAGAGUCAAGGAGCAGGUGUACGCGGAAGAGCAGAGUGGCGCGUUGGUACGGGUUGAGGGGAGUGAGGCUGGUUGGACGGACGAGGAUGCUUUCUAG